GGAGGAGGAGGUGUAGGAGUAGGAGGAGGAGCAGGAGGAUUGAGUAGUGUUGGUGGAGGAGGAGGAAGUAGUGGUGGAGGUGUUGGUGGUGGUGCAACUGUAGGAGCAGGAAGUAGAGGAGGAGACUCGAGUUCAGAUGAUUCUCAGGGGUAUGACAUUCUUCUCACGAGAUCCACCGUGGACCACAGAGACUCACCCCAUGACUCUCUUCGUAGUGAUUCACCUGGAGACGCUGCCCUUAGGUUAGCCCCCAGCCGAGAGGUGUUUGCUACUCAAGGUAUGAGUCAGGCAAUGAGCCAUGCCCUCGCCCAUCCUUUUUUAGCUGCUCAUCUGAAUCCCAGUCAGUUACUACAGGUAGCCCAGACCUCAGUCAGCACAGCUACCACUGUAACUACCACCGGGAAGUCUGACGUGUCCUCUCCUCACCCACAGCAGCAACAGCUGCAGGUCCGAACUGACCUCCUAGAGCCUCAUCCCAGAGAAGCUGAGACUUUCUCUGUACAGGAACCCCCAAGACCCUUGCCUCCACCACAGAUCACUCCACCAGAGAUGGAUAUCAACAAUGUAAGGACACCUCCUAGUAAUGCUUCAGUAGAUAGUACUGCUGCACCUGUUAAGAAACGAAGAUGUUCUCCGAGCUACUUGGAGAAUGAUACUAGUGUGAGUGAUGUAAUAGGUACAAUAAGUGAUUUAGGGAGGAGUGAUAUCGGUGGGAAUAAUGUGCCCAGUGUGAGUGUUUCAGUGUCUGGUGAGAAGAGUACUGCACAUACUUUAAGCCCUGAUGUAGAAAGCACCCCAGUAAAUGGUCUUAGUGCAACUAGUGAGGCUGUGGUCAAGAGUGCUAGUGGUAGUAGUAGCAACAGUCAGUCUUCGUUAAAUGUGAGUACGCAAAAUAGUGAUGCAGAUAUGUUAAACAAAAAUAUAAGCAAAAAUGACCAGGAUUAUUUUAAUGGUGAUCAUGAAAUGCUAGAUAGUCCAAGAAAACGUAAUAAGAAAAGAAAGUCUGAGAGUGAUUCAGUAACUGAAAUAGAUUAUCCAGUUGUGGAUGGGCAGCUAGAUGAAAGUGGUGAAAACAAAAGAAGGACCAGGCAAAAGAGAGCUAUCUCCUAUGUAGAGGAUGGAACAGACCCUGUUUUGGAAAUGAACGAGGACUCGUCACCUGAUGCAACUCCAUUGAAAAAGAAAGGUAGAAAAUUAAAGGAAGCAAGGGAAAGACUUGAAGGAGAGAGUGACCCUAAUCCAGACCAGCAAACCCCUGUUGAACCUGCUAGUUCUCCAACUCCUGCAGCACCUUCAGGAGAAGAACCAGUAAAAUCACCUCACAGUUCUCCUACGGGUGGCAGACGUGGGCGAAGUGUUGUCCGAGGGGCACCAAGAGGAAGAGGAAGGCUCUUGGGGGCAAAUGCUCAGGAGUACCCAAAUAUUACAGAACCCUUGCAUGUAGAUACGACACUAGUUCAGGAACCAGAUUUAAGGGUUCCUGGCCCACCUCCUAUUGUACCUUCUUCCUGUAGCCCAGAUGUUUAUGAUUUCAAUGACACCGAUAGUGAUGGCGUUGGUCGGGGUAAGAAAGGGAAGCGUGGUAGAAAAAAGGGAAGUAGCCCAAAGAAAAAUUCCAAGUCACCGCUAGACAUGGCAAAGUCAAGUAUUAGUCCACGACCCAGAGAACCUGCAUCUAAGUCUCCAAGGUCACCAAAGUUUUUUUCUAGUUCUCGUAGCCCCAUUUCUGAGCGAAACAAGGAAUGGAUGCGAAGUUUUUCCCCACCUGUCCGUGAUUUAUCCAAAUCUCUCUCAGAAACCCCACCCCUGGAAGGGAACAUGGCACCCAGUAUCCCAGGAGGACCUAUGGCUGAAAAUUCAAAAUCCAUACAACAACCUGAGGAAAUAACUGUCAAGGAUUCUCAGAGUGAUGAAUCUCAGGCUGGGGAAAAUGCACCUAAACCUGACUCCAACAUCAUCUCUCCAAGACGGAGUAGUAGGAGGAAUAAGACUCGUGAUAAUCAGGACUUCACCCCUCCAGAUGGCAAAGCCAUUGAAACCAUGGAUUCAAGCCUUAACUCCCCUUCCUCUGGCAACUCUAAGGAUAACACAUUGCUCUCAGGGUCUGUUUCAUGCAGUGCACAAAACAAAGAGGAAAAGGAUGAGAUUGCUGCAGAUAUGGCAGCCUCGGGGUCACAAUUAGCUGAUAGUUUAGUUUCUCCUAGUAGUAGAAUACGAAAAAGAGGAAAAAGGAGCAUUGAUCACUUUCAGCCAGACGCAAGUGCAACUCAGGAUGGCUCAAAUGAGGAAAUGCAAGACAUUUCCACUGUAGAUGAGGAGCCUUCCAAGACCACAGAGGAUGUUACCUUAAAAGGUAGUGAAACUUCUGAAGCUCCACCACCACACAUUGCUUCAGAAGAACUCACCAACUCUUCUGUGGACCAUGUCACAAAAAAUUCAUCUCCAAAUAGUAAGUCCCCAAAAGGGAAGGGAAAGGGAAGGGGUAAGGGAAAGAAGAAGAAAGGGGGGAAAUCUCCAAAAGGAAAAGGAAAUCAGACAAAAGGUAUCAUCAGCAUAGACACCAAUGUGCUUCCACAAGAAACCAAACAGUAUCAAUCUGUACCUGAUGAUGCAUUUGAUAGCAGUGAGACUAGUAAGCCAAUGGAAGAAAAAGUGAACACACACUGUGUUGAAAAGACAAAUAGCCAAAAAAAUGAAUUAGGUGUUCCUACUGCUACUGUACAUGAUACCUCACUAAAGCCCGAGGAUUCUCCACGUAAAGGCAGAGCUAAGCGAGGCACUGUUAAUCUACCUGUACAAAAUGCUAUGGUGGCUUUGGAUAUGCCAUCGAAUGGACCCACCAUGGAAACCCCUUUAUCAUAUACUACUGAUGAAACUGCACCUGUGAUAGCACAAAUAGAGGAGACAGAAUCUCGAGGGAGAAGGCUUAGGGCAAGGAGGGGGAGCAUCAAGCAGGACUCCAAGCCAGAGACACAAGACCCUACAUCUGAUAUGCAAGAAUCAAAGCUUGAGACUCAGGAAGUAAGGCACAUCACUCAAGAACAAAGACCUGAGGUGAAGGAACAAAAUUCUGAGAAUCAGGAACCAUGUCCAGAAGACAAGGAAAUAAGUCCAAUUAUCCAGGAAUCAUUUGUAGAAAUCAAGGAAAUCAUACCUGAAACUCUUGAAUCAAAACCUGAGUUAAUGGAAUCAAAGCCAGAGGCAGCAGAUAUGUGCCAGAAAUUGGAAACUCCAUGUCCAUUGCCAAAUACAGAUAUUAAUGAAUUAGAACCCAGUAUUAUUUCAGAACAGGAGGUUCAAGAGAACCCUCCUAGUUUGCCUGGUUCUGAACCCGGAGCUCUAGUAGUCCCACAUGGUACAGACAUGGAUGUUGAUGCAGAGACUGUGGAAAAUAUUGCCAAGUUUUUAGAGGAAACUGCUUCUAAUAUUCCAGGAACGGCUGAGGAAAGUUAUGCGGACAAGCGUCCCAAACGCUCCUCACGCCCGCCACGAAAGAUGGAUGAUAAUGAGAUGAAUGAUCUUCUUAUGUUACUCAACAUGGAAGAUGAGGAGAGUGAAGAUGAAGAUUAUGUUCCCAAAGACUUGGAGAACUUAGAUAGUGCAGCUGAAAGUGAAGAUGGGGUAGACAGUUUGUGUAAUGAUGAUGAUGAUGACGAUGACGAUGAUGAUGAUGAUGGCUUAGAUUACAGUGGUGAUGAGUUGGAAAAUGAGGGUAGAGGGGGAAAUUUGAGUGAUCUCCUUAGGGCUAGUGAUACUGCGGGUGAUAGCAACUUUGUGCCAACAGCCCUUAAACAUGGCAAAGGUGGAACUGCCAAACAGAAGGGACUCAAAAAGGAUAAAAAUAAAAAAGUAAAGACUGACACUUCUAGUGCCAAGAAAGGAAAAGUUGUGAAGGGUAAAGUGAAGAUCAGCAAGGCAAGAAGUGACGAUAGUGAGCUUAAAAAGAAGAGUGAUGAUGGGAAAAAGAAGGGUGAUGUAGGGGAGAGAAGAGGGCCUUUUAUUCGAUUGGAUAAAAACGGAUGCAGAGAAGUUAUUAUUAACACUCCUUAUCGUGAUGAGGACGAAUCAGAAAGACCCAUGAGGAAAACUAAUAUACAGUUCUAUUGCAAAAUUGAAGCUAAGCAGAAAACUGCAAAAGUUGGUUAUAACAGUACACUCCACAACAACUAUGAUGCCUUCUCCAAAGACACAUCCUGGUAUUGCUCAUUAUGCAAGAACUACAGUCAUUCAAAGAAGCUGGGUGACCUUUAUGGGCCCUACUUCAUCGAAGGGCUGACCUUAGUAAAGAAGCAGCAUCCACAGGUGAUUGAGGGGCAGGUGGUGGAGUCCUCCUCUCCUUCUGAAGUUGGUAAACUUAAAAAACGAACUCAGAGGCGGGAGUCUACCUCUGAAGGCCCAGCCGAUACACGAAAGGGUCGUCCCGGUGCUAAGGAAGGGGUAGCGGCCACAGGGGGCUCUCAGCACCUGCCCGACCCAACCAAUCCAGCCAGUGCAAGCAGCAACAGUACGAAGAAUGCAGCCUCUGAGGACCCCCAGACAAGCACUCCGCCUGAGGCCAGACCUCCUGGGACGGAGUGCUGGGUGCACGAGAGCUGCCUUCUCUGGGCACCUGGUGUCCAUGUGAGCAACAGUAAACUCUGUGGUCUGGAGGAGGCAGUCAUUCAUGCUCAGGACAGUAUAUGUAGUAACUGCAGUGAAGCAGGAGCAAGUGUCGGGUGUCUAGGAAAAGGGUGCUCUCUCCUGGUCCAUGUGCCGUGUGCCACCCAACUCCAGUGGACUUUGGAUCACAAUACCUUCAAAUCCCUCUGCCCCAAGCAUAGUAAGCUGACUUAGUAGUGCAGGAGGAAGCCUCAUGUAGGCAUAGUUUUACUGUCAAGAUACAAAACAUUUAUAAAUCUCAUUUUAUUUUCAAUUGUAAUAUAUUGUACAGAUAUUGUUUUGUAUUUUUGUCCAGUAUACAGUAAUAUGUAUGUUUUAUGCAGAAGACCAAGCAUUGCAAAAUUUUACCAGUCGUAAAUGUCAUUAUUAAAAAAUCUCUUGAUGAA